ACAAAAUUUUACUGAAAUUAAACUAUUUCAACAAAAUAAUUUCUGUAACAUUGAUUCAACAGCGGAUUAUAUGCUAUGGUCACAAAGUUUUGCAUCUACCGUAGAUUCUAGAAUGAAUAUGCUAUUAGGAAUUCCAGAAAACUUAGUAUUUCCAAAUGAAAACUUGAUCAGUAAUAACCAUUUAAAAGUAAAAUUAUACUUGCUUUCUCUUUAA